UUAUUUUUCUAGCGUAUAAUUCCACUAUAUAUGAAUAUAUUUCUGGAAUUACCAGGAAAUUUUUAAGGUGCUUAGUCAUCGAUUAAUUAGUACAACAAAACACAAACAGCUAACACACUUGACAAUGGCAAGUAACAGCCGCAACGCACUGGGUAGACUACACGACGAUGGAGUCAAAUCGAUUCCAGACAAUGAAUUAACUUCGUUACCUGUUAAAGAACUGAACAAACGGUUGAAAACUGGUGAAUUUAGUAAACAAGUCAUCAAGAAACUAAAACAACGCAGAAGAACUUUGAAAAAUCGUGGAUAUGCGGCAAGUUGUAGAAAUAAGAGAAUGGAAUUGAAGGAAAAUCUGGAAACUCGAAGAAAAGACAUUGUGGAUGAAAUCUGUGAAUUAAAAGAAACAAAUAUCAAGUUAGAAAAAGACAUUAACACUAUUAGAGAAAUGAUUUUAGAAUUGAAAAGUUCUAUUGACAUGAAUAAUAUAAAAUUGCCUGAAGUUUAUAAGAAACUUAUAGACGACGUUAUGAUGGAUCAUACGCCAUCUUCACAGAUAAACUAUAACAGCGAUUAUCAGACAAGUGGCAUAUCACGAAAUAUGAUGUAGAUGAUAGGAAAUUAAUUAAUUAAAAUAACUGCGAAUUUCUU